AGAGAGAAAUGAUAGAGAGAGAGGGGAUGUGGGUGUGUGUGUGUGUGUGAGAGAGAGAGAGAGAGAGAGAAGUCAUGUCAAACUUUGACAACAUGCAUGACAUCAGAGGUUACCUCCCCCAAGCUUGUCCACUAUGAGAUGGUCUGGUCACAAGCAAAACCUCUCAAAAUCCUGCCAUAAUAUGCACAGCCUUUUCCAACACACACACACACACACACACACACACACUUGUAUACGCGCACUCUCAGGCACAUGUGUGAACACUGAAUUAUAGUAAAGUGAAAGAGGGUGUGAGACACGCCUCAGAGCUGGGCAGACCUUUCCUGGAGAGGAAUCCGAGCAGACGACGGUGGACAGCACUGAGCUCUACUGACCCACUGAAUGAAAGGAACAGCAUGUCAGUCUUCCUGCUCCUCCUCAUCCUCGGUGAGGUCCUGCUCCCUAACCUCACCUGCGCAUCCAGAGUGCGCAGGCAGACUACAAAGGUUCGGAUCAGUGCUAUAGGAGACACCAUCAUGCUGAAGUUCCUUCAGCCACACAUGGACACUAAGCUGGAGGGCUACAUCCUGGGCUACGGCAGCAACAUGUUCUCCAAGCAGUUCAUCCAACUCCCUGAUGAUGGGGAACCUUAUGAAACUGAAAUUGACGCUGAGCCAAAAUAUCUAGUUGCAGUACAACCAGUCAAAGAAGAAGAGGUGAAAAAACAGUGCGCAGGGAAGGAGACUCUGGAGAGGCCUCUGCAUCUGGUGAUUGGCUCUGUGACCCCGACCUCAGUUAUGCUGUCCUGGGGCACACUGCUAAAUACCCUUUCCAGUGAAACCAACCUGGACGACUGCAUCGAGGACGGUCACUUCACCGUGCGCUACAGGGAGAAGGAGCCCAAGAAGAAGUGGAACUAUCAGACAUGCCCCACCACAGAAACAAUCAUUGACCGACUCAAACCAGACACGCCAUAUGAGUUUGGGGUCCGAGCAGAGUCUGGAAAUAUCAAUGGAGCCUGGAGCCCUCCAAUAAUCCACAACACAGCUGACGAUAUCGACAUUCAUGAACCAGUGAAGCCUGAGAACUUUCCCAGACCUACGAAACCCGUCACCGAAAGCCCUCAAACUUUCUCCCCCUCGAUGCCUCUUCUGUCCAGCGUGACUCAGAACAGACCAGCGUCCAUCCUCAGACCCCCGUCUCCUACACAGAGGGUAACUCAAGUAAAAGAUAUAAGCAAUCAUAAAACACUAAAGCCUGAGAACUUUCUGGGUUCUAAGAAGCCCAUCACCGAAAGCCCUCAAGCUUUCUCCUCCUCGGUGCCUCUUCUGCCCAGGGUGACUCAGAGCAGACCAGCUUCCCUCCUCAGACCCCCAGCACCCUCUCCUAUACCGACGGUAACUCUGGACAUUCAUAAACCACUGAAGCCUGAGAUCUUUCUGAAGCCUGAGAAGCCCAUCACCGAAAGCCCAUCUGCUUUCUCCGCCUCGGUGCCUUUUCUGUCCAGUGAGACUCAGAGCAGUCUGAUCUCUGACCUCAGAAACCCAGCACCCCGUCCUACACAGAGGGUAGUUCAAGUUACAGACAUUCAUAAACCACUGAAGCCUGAGAGCGUUUUGAGACCAAAGAAACCCGUCACCGAAAGCCCUCAAACUUUCUCCCCUUCGGUGCCUCUUCUGCCCAGGGUGACUCAGAGCAGACCAGCUUCCCUCCUCAGACCCCCAGCACCCUCUCCUAUACCAAGGGUAACUCUGGGAACAGCAAGCGAUGGCAUAAGAACUCCACGUCCUUCUGAAGAUUCAGUGUCCUUGCCCCAGACCCUCAACUCAACUCACACAACAAAGAGCAAUUUAAAAACCAAUAAUAUUCUUCAAACUCACAAUUCUACUAUAUCAUCUCUUUCGAGUACCUCCCAACAACCACUUCACGCAACCCAUUCCCAACUGACCACAAGUAAACCUCUAUUCAACACACCCAAAACACAGACCAACACAACCACAACGGUAUCUAGCACAGUCAAAGCUCAACUCAAUUUAACCCAAAAGAAAAGGACCCAACUCCACAACGCAAUUCAUCCCCAACUCGAAUCCAGCACAUCCACAUUCCAACUUAGAAUGACCCAGUUCCAACAACAUACAACCAAAUACCCUCUUAAAACACCCCAACUCUAUACAGUUCACCCUCAAACUAGUAUAAACCAGUCCCAACACAGCACAGCCAAAGGCCUAUACAAAACAACCCAAAACAUGUUUACAACACUUGAACCCAUCACAACUCAAUCCCAACCCCACGCAACUCAACCCCAGUCUGUUACAAGCCAAUCCCAGCCGCACACAGUUUAUCCCCAAUCCAACAAAAAACAGUCUCAUACUCAUGCAACUCAACCCAAACCCAGUGCAACCCAAUCUUCACCCCACACAACCCAACCCCAAUCCAUUGCAACCCAAUCUCAACCCCACACAACUCAAUUCCAAACUAGCACAGUAAAAUACUACCCAAGAACAGCCCAACCCCAACCCUCCACAACCCAAUCUCAACCCCACACAUCCCAACCCAUUACAAUACAAUCUCAACCCCACACAGCUCAAUUCCAAACUAGCACAGUAAUACAUCACCCAAGAACAGCCCAACCCCAACCCUCCACAACCCAGUCUCAUCCCCACACAGCCCAACCCCAACCCAUGACAAUACAAUCUCAACCCCACACAUCCCAACCCCAACCCAUUACAAUACAAUCUCAACCCCACACAACUCAAUUACAAACUAGCACAAUAAAAUACCACCCAAGAACAGCCCAACCCCAACCCUCCACAACCCAGUCUCAACCCCACACAUCCCAACCCCAACACAUUACAAUACAAUCUCAACCCCACACAACUCAAUUCCAAGCUAGCACAGUAAAAUACCACCCAAGAACAGCCCAACCCCAACCCUCCACAACAAGAUCUCCUCCCCACACAUCCCAAACCAUUACAAUACAAUCUCAACCCCACACAUCCCAACCCCAACCCAUUACAAUACAAUCUCAACCCCACACAUCCCAACCCCAACCCAUUACAAUACAAUCUCAACCCCACACAACUCAAUUCCAAAGUAGCACAGUAAAAUACCACCCAAGAACAGACCAACCCCAACCCUCCACAACCCAGUCUCAACCCCACACAUCCCAACCCAUUACAAUAGAAUCUCAACCCCACAGAACUCAGUUCCAAAAUAGCACAGUAAAACAUCACCCAGGAACAACCAAAACUCAACCCACCACAACACGAUCUCAACCCCAACCCAUUAAAACCCAAUCCAAUCCAAACAAACACACAGAAAAAUCCCAACCAAAAACAGUGCAACCCAAAUUGACCACAACCAAAUCCAAACCCAGAAAAAACAAACAGAAGACCAGAGUACCCCAAUCCAGCACAGUACAACCCCAACCAACCACAAACCAAUCCAGUACAGCAAAAUACCAUCCUACCGUCAGGUCUCAUAAACAGCCUGUCACAAAUCAACAUCACAAAAAUAUAAUCAAGCCAAAAUUUACACAUGAACCCAAUACUUACUACCAAUUCAGCACAACAUUUGAGGGGUUAAGCACUACUGAAUUCCAACAAAAACCUGAUCAUCACCCAUCACGUGCUACAAUAAAACAUUCUAACACCAACACACGGCAAAAUGGUAAAACUGAACAUACCGUCACGAGUAAGCCAAAGCAACCUGUACAAACACCUUUAGAACAAUCGAACACACAAAACUCACCUUGGCGUGAAAAGAAGCUGGUCAACAAGACGCUCCCAGUCAGCAAAAUGGCUCCGAGCCAAUCACUGGAUGGACAUCUAACAAAGCCUGCUCUUGUCAGUGGGGCAACGAAUAGGAACCAGGGCCAAGACAUGCCUUCACCUUCUGCUUCUGUGGCAAGAACUUCAGCACCUACAGUAACCAAGCGUGUCUCUCCAGUCACAGUUCUUAAUCCAAUAAGUUUGCCUCCUACCUACUCAAACACCUCUGUCAGGACUGCACCGGCAUCCCAUAAUGAGAAGCAUAAGGGGAAGUUAUGGGACAAACCUAUCAAGAGACCUAGAAAAGAGCCUGAUUUAAAUGAAAUCAAGAAGCAGAAAAACAAGGUGCCCAAAAAUGGGGGUAAAGGUAAAACUCACGAUAAAGUAGUUGAUCUGAAGGUGGUGGAUGCACUACCGUUUCAGAAACCUUCAGAUGCUCCUCCUACCACAGAACUCUAUCAAAAGCCAACACCAGCAACCACACCAUUUUUUGCGGUUAACGGUAGCAGGUAUUACAUGGGGGACAACUCAUCUGUAUUCAGUUCUGUUCCUGUCUCAGAGGUGGACCCGAUGGGAAAGAAACGCUUUGUAGCACCUCAUGUGAUCUAUCAGAUAGACAAGCCUCCAGAGCAGCCAUGUUCCGUCACGCACUCUCUCAGCUUCUUCCCUGAUGAGGAGAAUGGUGUAGCAAACAUCUCAGGCCCACCCAAGACCCCGCCCACCAACGUCACUGUCGUUACUGUGGAGGGAUGUCCCUCAUUCGUCAUAGUCGAUUGGGAGAAAACAGACAACGAGACGACAGAAUAUGAAGUCACUUCCUCUGUUAUAAAUCCAAAUGGACAAGUCGUAUCUGUUGUAAAAACCAAUCAGACACACGCAGCUGUGGAGAACCUGAAACCCGAGAGCAGUUACGAGUUCACCGUGACGCCUAAGAAUGAGCUCGGUUCAGGACCUUCCAGUGAGCCGGUAUCCUUCAGCACCGAGUCGGCGGACCCUCGGGUGAGAGAAGUCCAAACUGGUAAAAAUGCCAUCUGGUCUUCAUUCUCAUUCGACGCAGACUCCUAUUCUGAGUGCACUGGAACCCAAUAUGUGAAACGUACAUGGUAUCGCAAGUUUGUGGGAAUUCAGCUGUGCAACUCACUCAGAUACAAGAUCUACCUAAGUGAUUCACUAAAAGGGAAGUUUUAUAACAUUGGGGAUGAGACUGGAUACGGAGAGGAUCAUUGUCAGUUUGUUGAUUCCUUCCUGGAUGGACGGACAGGAAGCCUGCUGCCACCACACCAACUACCACUCAAACAAGGUUAUUUCCGGUCCAUACGCCAGGAACCUGUGAAGUUUGGAAAGAUUGGUGGUAGAACCCAGAUUAACUAUGUAUCCUGGUACGAGUGUGGAGUCCCCAUUCCCGGGUCAUGGUAGGACCCCUGAAGCUGUCCGAGGACGUGCCCGAUUAGAAUAUAUACUGUGCGAGAGAUGACCAAGCAGACAGUGUAUAAAGAUGUACAGAAAGGUAGGGGAAAAAGUGAAAGAAAAAGGUUCUAUCGAGUGCUAUCUGCAGUAUCUAACGGCACAUAUAAUGCUUCAUACUAUUUAUAUGCAAAAAAAAUUAUCAGACAUUUAGUGAAAUCGCAGAGUUUAUGAAAGUACGGGGUAGCAGGCUCCCUGAAUGUUUAAAACGUGUAUAUUAUUUAUCAAGAGGCUGGGGAUAACAUGCAGUAACUUCCUGGCGAUUGGCAAAACAGAUGGCAUAAGCAUCGAGAGGAAAUGGGUCAUACUGUGCAGCUGUUUAAUAUACAAACUAAAGCAUGGGCACCUGAGAUGGAAUUUUACACAUUAGGUCUAAUACAUGUAAUUUUCCAGAAUCAAGCGAGUUAGAAAAUAGUUUCAAUAAAGUUUUGCACAAUGCAAGUGUAGCUCAUUUGGCAAAUACAGGUAUAUAUGUGUAUAUAUGGCAACGGUGACUUAAGCACUCAUUAGUAUUGUGUUUUGUAGCUUUUGAGAUGAAUUAUUACAAGGUGUUAACACAAAGAUAAUGUAUGUUGAUUUAUAUCUGAUCAGUUGGAGAUUUACAAUCCAAGUUUAUUGCAACGUUAACGCGAUAUUUUUUUUUUUAGCGAACGCUACGAAAUGUAUUACUUUUAUUGCAGAAUAUUUUGCAGUUUCUAUGUGAAGAUGCACAAGGAAAUAAAUAUUUUUCUCUGGAUCUUUAAA